AUGGAUGCCUCUGAAAACCAGCCCUUGAGAGACCUCCCCGAGGCGUACCGUGCAUUCAUUACCCUUUCAAUCACGGAUAUAGUUUCCAUCUUUACAAUCUCCAAGAUUGUUCAGGAGCUCUCUGCAGAAAGCAUAGUGGAGCGCGGGGACUCUGGCCUGGGCCAAGUGCUUAAGUAUCUCAGCUACCAAGCAGACCUGGGUGCAGAGUACUUCAAGCUUGUCUCCAAAGAGUAUCCACCAAACGUGCCUGUCACGGCUUAUGAUGUGUUGUAUGUCCGUGCCAAGGCAAUGUGUCGCGGGUACACGUGCAUGGGUGCCCUGGUUUAUGAUAUCUUUCUUGUUUUUUCUCACUACAAGUAUGUUUCUGCUCUGUUCAAACUCUCGCUCGAUAUUCUUCCCCGCAUCGUGAAUCUUUUCUGCAAAAGCCUUGGAUCUCUUCCUGUUGUUUCUCAGGUGCUUUCCCUCUAUCCUCUGUUUGAGUUUUCCCCCGAAGUCUUCAAGGAGAUCGCGUCCUCCAUUGAUGUUGCCUUCCUUGCCCAGCUUCGAAAGGGAAGGGAGCAUAAAACUAAUUUGGAGCUCUUGGCAGAUUAUCUUGAAUCGAGGGACGCAUUUGACGCUGAGCUGGCAACCUUGGAGCCAUCCCUCAACCGGUCUGUGCGCUUUGCAGGGCCAAUCGUUCCAAUUGAACAUCAGCAGGCGCUCAUCAUGCUUCUGCAAGAGUUUACAGAGGAGCAGGUCAACGAGCUAGAGGACUUCUUGCUCGACACGGCGGGGCUUGAACUGGACGGAAACAAAGACCUCAUACUGGACUUUUCUGCCAUUCCUGUCGACAAGAUGCAUAUGGUAUGCGAGCAAAUCUUGAAAAUUUCAACCCAGGACCAGCAGAAGAUCUCUGCACACAGGGUUCACGUGCUAAAGACGCUGGUUCUAGGUAUGAAGUAG